AUGGACGUCGGUCUGAACAUCAUCGUACUGAUCGUCCUCUAUUCGACCCUAGCCGUUACCGGCCUACUGGGCAACAUUUGGGUACUGAUUACUGUCUCAUCACAACUACUCGGUUGUUGCAGUGCGACAAAUCAACGAGGACGUGUAGUGAAGCCGAACACCCAAUCAUCAGCUUACAUCUAUCUUCUACUGCUCUCGGUAGUGGAUUUGGUGUCUCUAAUCCCUGUUCCUAUGUUGGUAGCCGAUCUACAGGAAAACGAGUUUAUUUUCGGUAUCGCCCUCUGCAAACUGCUGUGGUUCAGUGAAGGCACGAACAAGACACUGUCGCCUAUGAUUUUAACGGCUUUGUCGAUCGACCGCUACAUAGCUGUUUGUAAGCCAGCGUUGAUCUGGAUGCGACAAACCAAAUUCGCUAUCUUCGUUGUGUCUGUGUGCGUCGUGGUCUCACUGCUGUUCAUCACUCCGAUCACAGCACAUGCAAAAAUCGCAGAUAUGGAAGACUUCAACGGUAUGGUGUACCGGAAGUGCACCUUAGGCGAGAAUCUGUGGUUUGAUCUUGUUCACACACUCAUUUGCUAUGUAACACCGCUAUUGCUGAUAUUCUCGGUGUACAUUGUGAUAUUGGCAAAAUUAUUUCGUCAUACUCGUUAUUCGACUGUUGGCCGUAAGACGAGCAUAUCACUUUCGCGAGUGGUGAAGUGCUCGGUAUUGGUAGUCGCGUUCUACUUCAUCUGCUGGACGCCGUAUUGGACGAUGCGAAUUCAAGCGUUAGCCCACGAGGCUGAGAAGAACGUGGGCGCCACAUAUGAGAACGGCACAAGGAGCGACGAAUUUGAUGAAGUAAUAGGCGAUGAGACAUCAACACCAGUGAAUGGCAUCUUCAUCAUGUAUUUGAUGCAUUCAUUGCCAUACGCUCAGAGCGCAUUUAACUGGUUGUUCUACGCGUUUUUAAAUCGUAAUCUUCGUAAUUCAUCUGGCCGAUACAAUAACGGCGUUCGAUCGGUGCCGAUGACCAGCACGAUCGUCGAGAACGGGCCGAGUUCGGCUAGUGGUCUAACACCGCUAUGGAAGAAUUUGCAACAUGUUGGUAGUCAGCUGAAGUCGGCUAGUAUUGACACUGGCAAUGCACUGUUGAGGAUGUCUCCAUUCCAUGCGCGCUCACGAAUUCAAUCGCGGAUUCAAUCAAGAAGCUCAACUUGUUUGGAUUCGGCAUAUCUGGAUCGCCUGAUGCCACCAUCAACUCUCAUGACCUCAUCGCUGCUGGAUUUACAGCAGCGACCUUCGACGCUGAUUCCGCGUCAGGAGCCAUCGCUGGUCGGCAAGGCGCUGUCCUUUUCCGAUCUGCAGCAUUCUCGUCUGAUCGAUAAAUCCAGUGAACCGACUCCGUCGGCAGUCUCAGAGAGUUCGUCAGUUGAAUGGUUAUGA